AUGAGCAGCACCAAUGAAGCCACCGUCAUCCACGUUGACGACACCACCGGCAAGGCCCCGGUUACAGCUGCGCCGCCACCAGCAGCAGCCCCAACCGCGCCGGUGCAGCAGCAGCGCAAGUCCGGUGGCGGUGUGCCGUUCCUCCUGCGCGGCGGCGCCGAUGGCUUCCGUCGCUGCAUGGCCUUCGUGGACCUGCUGCUGAGGGUUGUCGCCUUCGGGCCGACACUGGCAGCCGCCAUCGCCACGGCCACCUCCAACGAGACGCUCUCCGUCUUCACCGAGCACUUCCAGUUCCGGGCCAGGUUCGACGACUUCCCGACCUUCACCUUCUUCGUGGCUGCCAACGCGAUCGCGGCGGGGUACCUGGUUCUGUCGCUCCCCUUCUCCGUCGUGGGGAUCAUCCGGCCGAAGGCGACAGUCGUCAGGCUGCUGCUGCUCAUCGGCGACACGGUGAUGGUGGUGCUCGUGACGGCAGCCGCGUCCGCGGCGGCGGCGAUCGUGUACGUGGCGCACGAGGGGAACAUGCGCGCCAACUGGGUGCCCAUCUGCAUGAACUUCCACGGCUUCUGCGAGCGCACCAGCGGCUCUGUCGUCGCCUCCUUCCUCGCCGUCCUCGUCUUCAUCCUCCUCGUCCUCCUCUCCGCAUGCGCCAUCCGGCGCCGACCAUGCUAGGCUACAACCCAUCGAUCGACCGCGCUCAAUGCUUUCGAAUAUCAUGAUUGUGCUCUCUACUUUACUUUGGUUUGGUCGUGCAUGAAACUGUGCAAUCUCAUAUAUUUC